UGUACAUACAGAAAGUACCACAGCAGGAUCUACUUCCUCUGCCCGAUCUGCAGGAAGGCUCCGCGUACUCUUCCUGGGCAUCUCAGGACGGUGUGCAUGCAGGGCAGGGCUGAGGACGACAUCCAAGCCACUGUACUCCAGUCCAAGAAGGAGAUGGCUGAGUUCUCCCAGAACGGGCGCUUCUGGGAGUACCACAGACUUCUGGAGAUUUUUGGAGCGGCUAAUCCUCUUGCCAGUAUGUUAGAGGAAAUGGAGAAGAAGGGCUUGGUGGUGAGGAACAUUCCUCCUAUCAUCCAUGAGCCAGCUUCUUACGGUCGGCGUGCUAGCUCCACCAGACAAGCUGAGAGAGAGGGGCCAGCUGAGAGAGAGAUGCCAGCUGCGAGAGAGAUGCCAGCUGCCGUGGAAGAACCAGAGCCCGAGAACGACGAGAACAUCAAUGAGGGCUAUCCGAGCAAUGGGCCACGGUGGAGCGAUGAUGUCCGGGUGGAGAUGGCGAAAAAGGGCCUUUACAAAAAGCACUCCAUCAACCAUGACCUUCUGCAUGGUUUUUACCACUACUUACGAGUGGACUUGGAAAACCGCAGGAGCAAACAAGAGGUGGAAAAUGUAGCGAGGUUCAUGUACUUCAUGGACCCCAAGGAGCCGAGUCUGUUGUUUGUGCACGACGUGGAGAAGGUGCGGGAGUACUUUAAUGUACUCACCGUAACCAAGCUCGCCAAACAAACAGUGUUGAACUACUGGAAAAGUCUCAGGAGGUUCAUGAGGUACACCCUCACAUCCACAAACCUGCAAAAAGAUGACCCAAGUCUGUUCUCCGAUUGUAAACGGUUCAUGGAUCCUUUGGAGGGCAUACGCACCGGUAUGUCUAAGAAGAUCAACAAAGAGCUGACCCAGAAAAGGUACCAUGGUUAUGGUAAGGAGAAGCAGCCGACAGACUGUGUGGCCAUUCUUGGUCAGGCCCGUGCUGAUUUCCUCGAGGUCAUCGAGAAACUCCAGGGUCGUAAGGCAGUUUCUGCGGAUCGACUGGAGAAGAACGACCGUCUGCUGGUCCUCUACUACCUGGAGGCCAUCGUCGUCCUCAAGCACCUACAGCGCCCUGGCGUUGUAACCAACAUGACCGUUGAGGAAUGGCAGAGAAGGAGACCCUCACAGAACGGCUGUUCUGUGGCCGUUAAAGAACACAAGACGGCCGCAUCACAAGUGGCAGAAAUCCCCCUGACUGCUGAACAUGAACAUUGGUUUAGCAUGUACUUUAAUCACAUUCGGCCAGUGAUGCUCCAGGGAUCCGGGGCAGAGGGCGACAACACAGCAGAGGGCCGCUUCUUUAUCUCGAGCACGGGAAGGCCCAUCUACAACCCCAGCAACGAUUUGGCCAGACUCCAUUCAAAGUACAACCUCACACCCGUGAGCAGCUGUGAUGCCAGGAUGGCCUUUGAGACGGCAGCAAAGAACCUGCCGGAGAUUCAGCGCAAUGCGGUAGCUCGGUUGUUGGGACACACCCCGGAGACAGCCGAGAAGCACUACCGGAUGAGAACUCCGGCAGACGCUUUCCUGGCGCAACGUCUCGUGGAGGACAUUGCUGCCAAAGCAAGUAGUCCUGGAUCCACCUCUUGCACCAGCAGAGAGCCGAGGGUGGAUGAGAAGACAGCUUUUGAACGUCUCAUCCAGUCUUUCCCUGUGACUGCAGACGGGCAACUUCCAAAGAAACCUCAACGGCUACAGCUGUGUGGCGAGCACGAGCGGCACUGCUACGACCGCUGGCGUAGUGAGCAGUUGAGGUUGCGUGAAUCAUGUGCCCUUGAACACUUUGGUCGACGUCAGCCGUCUGUCGGUGCCAUUGAGGACUGGAUCCAGAGCCAGGAGUGGUCUUCCAACCUUCCACAGGCUUCCGUUGUUCUGAUUCUAAGCCGGCUGCUUGGCGCCGGCCGAGGCGCCGCGCCGGGUAUCCGCCCGCCGGCGCCCCGCGCCCCGGGGGACGCGGAGACGCCGACGGAGGACCCGGCGCGAGCCGUAGCCGGGGAGAUCCGCGAGAAGGGCCCGGCGCGCGUCCAGAGUCGCCGCCGCGACGCCGCGGCCUCCCCCGCCGUCCUGCCCCGCCCCGACGGGCGCGACGGACACCCCGCCCCGCGCGACCCCGCCCGAGCCGCCCGGCCUCCCCCGGCGAGGGGGGCGACCGGACGGACGAGAGGGGAAGGCGGAUGCGAGGGCCGCGCGCCGCCCGGACGGGGGGCUCGACGAGGGCGCCGCGGGACGGCCGCUCCCCCAGCCGCGGCUCGGGCCCAGCCCCGCUUCGCACCCCGGCCCGACCGACCCAGCCCUUAG